GAUUCAUUGUGUAAAGUGUGAAUGUGCAGUCAGUUCUCACUCUCAGAGCCUCAACAUGCAAAAUGUGAAAGUAUGGUGUGAUUGGACGUGACGUCUCCAGCAGAUUCGUGUCUCUGUAUCACUCUGUGUUUCAGACUGACCACAAAUGACUCAGUGGUAACUUGGGUGUCAACCAGUGGAACAUUUUUACCUUCCGUUCAUCUUCCUGUAAUCCAACCUUGUCUGAACUCCGCCGUGUAUAUGUAUAUUCAUUUAUUUAUAUUUACUCAUAUAUAUCAGGUACGAGAGUGUGUGGAAGCAGUGCGUGAUGGUCUGAGGGAAAAAUUGUGGAAUUCCUUAAACGUAUUCGUGGCCUUGGCAUCCGAUCGCACACGUCGUGUAACACGCGCAGUCCGUGCGUGAAGACGUCGAAACCCUCGCCCGAGAAGUGUGAUUUUCUCACACCUUAAUCAGAGUCACACCCAGAAACACGUCUUGGUGAUGAGAUGUAGCGAUGUUCCGGCUCCAUCAUGUCAUCGUCAAAACCGAGAAGAGCGCUCACACACUCCCACACUCACACACUCACACACUCCCACACUCACACACUCACACACUCACACACCAUGACAGAAGCAAAAGAAACGUAAGGGCAUUACAACAGAAAAGAUUGCCAAGAUGUGGGAGGGGCAUACUCGGUCUGUCCUGUCAAUCACAGCGACACUAGCCAAUCGUGGGCGUCCGUGAGCUGGUGUAUGUAGAAGCGGGCGGACAGACAGCGCGUUCCUCAGAGGGUGUCACGCCGCACUGUGACGCAGCAUGAGCGGCGGUUUGAUAAAAAAAGACGUGUUGGGUGGCGUCAUGUGUCUCAAAGGAAGCAUGUGACGUGUUAGAUGUGUCGUCACGCGUCCCGGUCAUUAGCCGUCGUAUGAUAUGACAGAGCUGGCUGGUGGGCGGGAACUGGCCCAGGAUAAAUCUGGGUCGCAGCUUUGCUUUUCGGAGUUUUUUUGUGAUUGGCGCGGCCAAAAACGUUUGAUUUUGCUGCGGAUUUUUUUCCCGAAAUUUGCGGCGCGACUUGCGGAGUUUUUUGUGCUUUUUGGUGUGGAAAUCUACUCGAAAAACUCUCCUCACUGUGCGGUCUGUUACGGUGAUUCGGGGAAAUAAAUGUUCCAAAUGUUACAGUGCGUAAAGAUCAGGACGUUAAAUAUUAGCUCCCGGCGUGCGGUUUGCGACAUGCAGGUAAAUUCACAGCUUCUGCACGUCUUCCUCUUAAUUCAUCGACACAAAAGAAGAGAAACUUGCAACUCGGCCGUUUCCUCUUUUCACACAGUGUCCCUUCGACACAGACACGUUUCUGCGUACGAGCUCUAACGCUGCAAUGGUCCUGAUGUAAUGACGUGACUGUCGCUGCUCACGAUGUGUUUAUGUCACGCUUUCAAGUCCAACUGUUUAUAAAGCCGAACAGGAAGUAACUCGUUUCGCCGACGUCCAGAUAAAAAGACCAACGGCUGUGGGUCCAAACUCUGAGUUCCAGAGACGAGACCUGAGUCCCAGUGACGGAGACAUGAGACAUGGACAGUGAGGAAGAGAAGGCGCGUGAGACGUCUCCUGAGAGACGGGAGGAGAGUGAGGAGAUGGAGGAUGAGGCAGGAGACGUGACGAGACAGAAGGAGGACGAGGAAGGUGAGGAGGACGAGGAAGGUGAGGAGGACGAGGCAGGAGACGUGACGGGACAGAAUGAGGAUGAGGAAGGUGAGGAGGACAAGGAGAGGGAGGGCGAGGCAGGUGAGGAGGACGAGGCAGGAGACGUGACGGGACAGAAGGAGGACGAGGCAGGUGAGGAAGACGAGGAGAAAGAGGAUGAGGAAGGUGAGGAGGAUGAGGCAGGAGACAUGACGGGACAGAAGGAGGACGAGGAGAGAGGAGACGUGACGGGACAGAUGAAGGACACGGAGGAGUGGAACGGGUUUCUCUCGGGCGGGGUUACGGUGAGGAGCCGAGGGGACGAGGUGGUGGUGGACUGGAAGCCUGGUGACCCCGUGACCCCUCAGUACGUCCUCACGCUGGCGGGAUACACACAGGAUUAUCUGUGCUCUCCGGAGGAAAACGUCUACAACAUCAGCUUCUCCCGCUUCAGAAUCCGAGACCUGGAGCAAGGGUCCGUCAUCCUGGACCUGAAACGACACUGUCCAACAGAAAUUAAAGAUGUGUUGGAAACAGAAGCAGGACGUUUUAUUCAGUAUCAUUUCACACCUUCGUUUCUGAACCUAAAAGAAAUCGGAGCCACGCUGGAGUUUACGGUGGGCAGUAAAGCGGUGAACAGGUUCCGGCUCAUUGAGAGACACUAUUUCAGAGAGCUGCCUCUGAAGACCUUUGACUUUGAGAUCGGCUUCUGCAUCCCGUACAGCAGGAACACCUGCGAGCACAUCUACAGCCUCCCUGACCUCGACACACACACCAUUGAAGAGAUGAUUGCUCACCCGUUCGAGACUCGGUCUGACAGUUUCUACUUCGCUAACAAUAAGCUGAUUAUGCACCACAAAGCCGAGUACUCCUUCAGGGAGACACGCAGCGAGUGAUCAACCCCCCCUGCUGAAAAAAAAUCCUUCUCUUCUACCACUCUGUACUGGAAAUUAAACCGUUUCCCAUCAUGGUUUCCAAUAAGGAUGUAUUUAAUGUCUCUAAUGUCUUACAAGCCAGUGUUGUCUAGUAAAAUGCUAUUUAUCAGUGUUUUAAAGUCUCUUUGCAGGAAGUAUUAAAUACAGAAUCAUCCCAGAAGUCCAUUAGGUUUACUGAAGAAACAUUAAACUAGCAACUGUUAUUAUAUCCAUGAGACAUGUCUUCUAAUCAGACACAGAUCACCUGUUAAACAUUAUAAUACAGAGCCAUGUGGAGAACAUAAACAAACACUGACCGUUAAAUACCACUGUGAUGAGAUCAGCAACGAGAAGUGCUUAUGAGUGAGGGAAUGAUGUUUAAGUUUUGCAUCACGGAGCAGUCGGAAAAGAAAAAUAGACUUUUUACUUGUUUAGCAGAUGACUGAUGGAGACAGAUAUAACCGAGUUAAACCAUAUGAACUAUAUUACAUGUUACAUGUUACAUGUUAUGUUACAGCAUUUUGGCAAGUUCUCUGUGUGUGCAUUAUAUACAAUAAAUAAUCAGAAUUAC